ACUUUUUCAUCAAAAAUUUUCAUAUUUCAUAAAAAGGUUUUUUUCAAACAUUCCGAAACUUGCCAAAAUGGUUCGAAGUUUUAUCAUGUAAGAAUUCAUUCGUAGAAUUAAUUUUGGAAGUUGUUCGAAAGCUGUAUUUGUUCAAAAGGCGCACGGACGUGAGUUGCAGGUGGAUGGGUAAAUAUUAGCAUUUCCUAUUAAUGCCCAUAUAUUUGUGAAGCAAAUUUGUCAAUACAACAAAAUUAUGUUUCAUUUCGUCCAUUUUCAUUGCAAAUUUCAUUCUUGAUUGCAGUGCAUAUAAAAAUUGAAACCGUCAAAGUUUGCCUAAAAUAUCUCGAUCUUCUGAUCGAUGGUAUGUUUAUGAAAAAACUUUAAAAAAAUUAAUCGAAUUUUCGGGCAAUAUAUACGUAAUAAGUUGAGAAAAAGUAUGGCAAAUACAAGAUCGGAAUACGACGAUAAAAAUCUAAGGAAGAACGCCAUGUCUGGGAGGCGGUUGAAAAUCGAGUUGGACCGAAUAGAUAACGUAAAGGAUCAGUUAACAAGACACUACAGACACGAAGAAGACAUGCUGCGCAAAGAAUUGAAGGAAGAUGGCGAGUUUUCAAGAUUUCGAACGAUGGAUUCCCAUGAUUUACAAGCACCGUUGUCGCUAUGCGAUAGGAAAACGUUGACGCCUCGAUUUGCAAGGAGGCAAAGUGGUAUUCAACUGAAUAGUUCUUUUCCUCCAAUUUCUACAAAGUCAGACGCAAGAUUUUUGCCGGGCAGGCGCUCUUCCAUGGACAAACGAAGAUCCUCGCUAUCUCCAACUAAUCCACUACAAGAAUGCAUAACUAUACCCAUCGGGGCAGAGGAUCGCAGGAGAUCUAAGGAUACUUUGAUGGUUCCUAAGUUACUUGCGAGACGAGGAUCCGAAAACAACGCUUUGGAACACGGUAAUAACAUCGAGGGUAGGAUAAAUGAGUUUUAUCGAAAAGUAAGUAAGUCAGUCGAGAAUGUCAGCUAUCUACCGUUAAAAUGAAACAGUCAGAAACAAACGAGGAAUACAUCACUCACAACGAGAGUGGAUGAAUUGUGAAUAGAAAGCUAACUGGAAAAUGACACCGAAUAGGGUUUAUGAAACUGAUAAUUUAUAAGAGCACGGUUGUCGUUUCUUUGUUUUACAUUCAAGAUGCAAUACGCAUGCGUCAUACACCUGCCGUAAAACAAUCGACAUUUUUCAUUUUUGGCUUAAAAGACUGCGUGAAAAAAGUAGUCAGAGCUGAGGGGUUUCCCGUCAUGAAAACUGUUAAUUUGUACUUUAUGGUUGAAAAAGGACGCAUCUUCAGCUGGACGCAUUUCCUUGAACGACUUUAUUUCAUCCUUUACAUGCGAUCUGACAAUGCCUAAAAAGACUGGAAACAGUUCUAUAAUUCAAAUGCAUUUCUCGAUUAGAACAUUGUAAUAUCUCUUUAAUUAUACUAAUUUCGGUUUGAAAUUUAUCUAAGAACUAUGGCUUUCAUGUCUGAACGUACAGCAACAAAAUUUCGUAUAUAAAGAAUAGAUAAACAUA